AUACAGUAACAGUAUACUGGCAACUGGCAGUAGUCGCAGUAGCGUAAUAUGCAUUGUUGCACUUUUAGUUAUUAGUCAACACUUACUACUUACUAAUCGCAUAGUCGCUCGGUAGGAGCAUUACUGUCUAGUCUUAACUACGUAUUGACGUAGUCGUCGUUCUUCGGAGUUGAUUAGAUGUACUGUAAGACUUCAUCGUCCUCAAUCGUUUAUACUUAUAUUUCUCUAACUUUUGAAGUGCAUUAAAAAUUGACAUUAUUACGCGCCAUGAUGAUAAUGGAACCUGUAGUUAAUUGGAAUCCACGAGAAGUGUCAAAUUGGCUGGAGAAAAAGGGUCAUAGUAAAUAUUCUCGAAUACUUACAGAAGAUCAUUGCAUUGAUGGCCGUGCUCUUUUACUUAUCAAUGAAGCCGACUUAAAAAGUCCACCUAUAAGUAUUAAUGUCUUGGGGGAUAUAAAAAGAUUAAUGUUGGAUAUUCGUCAGUUAAAAGUAGAAAAUCGACAGACCCUUUUACAACUUGGAUUUGAUCCUAUAUCGCUACUUACAAAACCUGUAUGCAGUGCACAUGUUUAUGGAACUCAAUUUCGACCAGAUCCAUUCAAUUUUUAUGAUGAUAUACAUAUGAAUCAUGGAUCUGAUGUAACUGCCACGUCUUCUCAUAGUUCAGAAUUUGAAGAAGAUAGACGAUUAAAACCUGAGAUAUGGAAAGCUCUUAUUGCGAUGGGCUACCUGUUCACUGUAACGUGGAUUACGGCGUUCGUCAUGGUCAUCGUCCAUGAUCGCGUGCCUGAUAUGAAGAAAUAUCCCCCGUUGCCGGACAUUUUCCUGGACAACGUGCCUUACAUCCCUUGGGCGUUUCAUAUGUGUGAACUGACCGGCACCGUGUUGUGUUUCGUAUGGCUCGCCGUAUUGGUCUUCCACAAGCAUCGUUUCAUAUUGCUGAGGCGGUUUUUCGCUCUUUCGGGUACAGUCUUCCUGUUACGGUGCAUCACAAUGAUUAUAACUUCCUUGUCCGUGCCGGGGACACAUCUAGAAUGUACACCACGGAAGAAACCAGCGUAUCUAGAUGAUGGAAAUUUUUUGGGUGAAAUGGUGUACAAAAUGCAACAAGCAUAUGUGAUAUGGAGAGGAGCUGGCAUGUCGAUACAAGGAGUUCGUACUUGUGGCGACUAUAUGUUCAGUGGUCAUACGGUGGCAUUAACCAUGUUAAACUUUUUCAUAACUGAAUACACUCCACGUGACAUAUAUUUGUUACAUACGUUCAGCUGGCUCUUAAAUAUGUUCGGUAUAUUUUUUAUACUUUCGGGCCAUGAACAUUACUCCAUUGAUGUAUUCAUCGCCUUUUAUAUUACUUCAAGAUUAUUUCUAUACUACCAUACAUUAGCUAACAAUCAAGCAUUGAACAACAACGUUGAUUCCUGUCGAACGCGAAUUUGGUUUCCAUUGUUUAGUUUCUUUGAAUCUUCAUGUAGCUGCAUGGUACCAAAUGAAUAUGAAUCGUUGACAGAAAUUGCCGAAAAUCUAGCGUGUUCAACUUACAACAAUUAUUUAGUCAUUAAAUCAGCUAUCAAAACUCAGAUUUUGCUAUUGCGGGCAUUGCCGUCCAAUCAAACAGUACAAAUUGGUCCAACUUCUUUAGUUGGCGCACGUGCAAUCAGGUCAAGAACACCGAUUGUUUUGAUUAAGAAAAAAGAUAAAUAAUCCAUAAUGCUAACGUGAACGCACAUAUUUUUUGCCUCGUUAUGAAUUCAAAAAGUUGAUAUUUUGGAUCAAUGCACAGAGUAAAUACUUAUAUUUAUAUUGAAUUAAAAAUAAUUAUUAAACAUUGAA